GUUUUCGUGGAAUGGACGCACGCAAGUUCGUACGAGUUUAGGCCAAACUGAGGAAUUUAAUAACAAUGUCGACCGUUGCAGAGAAUAAUGCCAGCAGAAAGAGAAGUCUUGAUCUCGAAGGUCUGUCAGUGAUGGAUCUGAAACGGCCGAGGGCCUAUUAUUACCGGUUGGCGAGCGAGAGUUCACGCGGCUCAGCUGAAGACGACACAGAAAGUGUUGAUAGCUUACAAGACAAGGAGACCGACGUGAUACAGGACACGACUGACACAGACACCAAGUCUGAUUGUAGUAGCAACAAAGAUGAGUAUGAAGUUGAAAUCGAGUAUGAAGUUGCCAGUCUCUCAGAGGAGGAGAAUUAUAGCAGUUGUUCUUCCACAGGUUCCGAGGACAUGAUGAUGGCGGCGGCGGCGGUGGCGGCUGUGAUAUACGAUACAUCGUUGGAGGCAAGGGCGACCGACUCCGAGGACUCCGACAGCAGUUCGAUCGACACGACUUUAAGGUCCUUCUCGACUUGCGUACAAUGCAAAUUUGAGAACAAUAAUCCUCUAUACAGAUACUGCGAAAAAUGUUUUCAGAGCUGCAGACAAUGCAAGAUGCGCAAGACAUACAAAUGUUUCCAACUGUGCAAUUCUUGCUACAAGGAGCGUAAGAAGUACUUCCCGCCGAGGCCGAAAGGAUUCCGACGUCGGAAGAAACAGGAGGAGAAGCCGCCGGAGGCGCCGGUUAAGUUGGACACGUUGCGUUCGUGUUUGAACGGUUUGUCGCAAUUUUCCCAGGACUCGGGUAUCGGAUCGAGCCAGGAGUGUCCGCAGUUAGAUCUGGAUCGCAUUGUGGUGCCGUCGUACCACCUCACCACACAAGGUACGUCAAGUUCAAGUAUCAAGAGUGGCGUGUCGGAGGAAUCCGCCAAGGGGACUGGUUCAGAUUUGAACGGUUACGUGGACAUGGGUGGUGCGCCGAAACAGGGCUACAAGCGGUCGUUGUCUGAAUUACAAUCGGAGAGCGAACCGGAAUUAAAGCGCACGAAACGAGCGGAUGUGGAAGAAAUUGGGACUGAUGGGAAUGCGGAUGUGGUGUCGGAUGGUGAGCUGAGGCGGAAUAUUGCCGAGUCUGAGGCGUCGAAUUUGUGUCUGUUUUGUAAUAGCGCGCCUAAAGACAGCAUAUUUUUGCACACGAAUAUUGCGCACAUGUGCUGCUGUUAUAAAUGUGCGAAAAAGACUUUUAACACAACGAGACGGUGUCCGAUUUGUAACGGGACCGUUAACAAAGUAGUUAAAAUUUUCAUGUCCUAAUACGUUCUGGUUCCACUCAAAAUUUUGUUCUGUUGGACGAAUUGUAUUUGUGCUUUAUUAGGCAAGUCGCAUUUUGGAUGUUACAUAACAAACUUUUACUAUUUUUUUGUGAAAAUCUUUUGUUAUUUAUUUCUCAAAGUGUAACUUGCUGGUCUUCACUCUCCAUUGCCUCUGUAAGAAUUUUAAAUGUGCCAAAUUCAUUAUUUGAGGUAACCAUUAACAUGGUUAAUGUCUUGUUGAGAAUUAAGUGCCUUUAAACGUUCUGUCCAACAUAAUGCCAUGUUACAGUUUUAGCAGAACUAUUCCUUCAACUUUGGCAUCAAAUGCAAAAUUUAAUGUAAAAAAAAACUUAGUUAGUUAAUAUUUAAAAUUACUAGGUGUACAGAUAAAAUUUAUUUAUUAUAUAGUAGAGUAUAUUUUUAUAAUCAGAGCUGAAUAUUUGUUGCGGCUAAAUUUUAAUAUGUCGUAUGAGGCGAAGCAGGUAAGUUAUUUUUUCAUGAUUUUUUGAUGUAAUGUUCAGUUCAAAAAAAUUUAUCUAAACAAAUAUAUCUCAGCUCUGAUAACUGCAUAACAAAAAUUUAAGAGACUGAACCAAAGAUGUAUAAGUAAUUUUUAUGUAACAUAUGUACAUAUAUUAUAACUUGGAGAUUUAUUUUGUUUAACAAUUUUCAAUACUCUUAAAUUUUUGGGAUGCACUAUUUUUUUAUAUGGCUUCUUAAAUGUUAACAUUUGGGAUUGGGGAUAAGAAUGGAUUAUAUCUAAUCUGAAGUUAGACUAUAAAUCCGAAAGUGCUUCCUAAUCGAGAUUAUGUCUUUAUGCAUUAAUCAUAAAGAUAAUAAUUCUGGUUAAUAAUGACAUCAACAAAAUUUAAGAGUUCCAAAUUUCAUUUCAUUUUUGUAUUGUGCAAUUUAUGACUAAUCAUCAUUGCUCGUCUUUUUGUAAUAUUUGUACAAUAAAUAUAAAAAACAAUUUGCGAGUCAAAAAAA